GUCUUCCCGGCCCCCAUCCCUCUCCGACCCCCACCCUGGCCUUGGGGUUGUCAUCUACCCUUACCCCUUCAGCCCUCCUCCUCGUCCGGCACUUCCCGCUUCCCACCUUUCUUUUCGCCUCUCUGCCAGGCCUGCUUCACUAAGCACGACAGCCAGUCUUGGGUACUGUUUCCGGGUCACGGUGAUCUCCGGGGUGAGGGAAACGCAGUUGGGACCCGGCCUGGGCGUGCAGCCCUGAGCAUGCCGCGCUCACGCGUGGAGAGAUGGGCCUGCGAGGGCACCGGUCCGAAGAACCGGACCCCAACUGCUCCUCCAGCAGAGAAAUUUGCCGGUUUUUACUGCCCUUCCUCUACAGACUCCUCACCUCCCCCCCAAGAUAAAUUUUUCCAAAAUUCAAAUCCCAGCCCACCCCGCAUCCCUCCAGCCACUAGAGCGUUUCGCAUGGCGCCGGAUUGUGUAACCUGAACCCGCUUAUGUCGUUUUUCUCAUCUGUUCAGUGGGUUUUGAUUCCCACCAUGGCCAUCACACAGUUCCGGUUAUUUAAAGUUUGUACUUGUCUAGCAACAGUAUUCUCAUUCCUAAAGAGAUUAAUAUGCAGAUCUGGCAGAGGACGGAAAUUAAGUGGUGACCAAAUAACUUUGCCAACUACAGUUGAUUAUUCAUCCGUUCCUAAGCAGACAGAUGUUGAAGAGUGGACUUCAUGGGAUGAAGAUGCACCCACAAGUGUAAAGAUUGAAGGAGGGAAUGGGAAUGUGGCAACACAACAGAAUGCUUUGGAACAGCUGGAACCUGACUAUUUUAAGGAUAUGACACCAACUAUAAGGAAGACUCAGAAAAUCGUUAUUAAGAAGAGAGAACCAUUAAAUUUUGGCAUCCCAGAUGGCAGCACAGGUUUCUCUAGUAGAUUAGCAGCUACGCAAGAUAUGCCUUUUAUUCAUCAAUCUCCUGAAUUGGGUGACUUAGAUACCUGGCAAGAAAAUACCAAUGCGUGGGAGGAAGAAGAAGAUGCAGCCUGGCAAGCAGAAGAAGUUCUGAGGCAGCAGAAAAUAGCAGACAGAGAAAAGAGAGCAGCAGAACAACAAAGAAAGAAAAUGGAAAAGGAAGCCCAGCGGCUAAUGAAGAAGGAACAAAACAAAAUUGGUGUGAAACUUUCAUAACAAAUGAUCAUCAGAUGUCAUCGUGCCAGGAGGGGAAAUCUGAGCUCCACAAUGCAAGCAACAUUUGUGUGGAUUUAAGAGUAUUUUCAGAAUACGAGCAUGCUGCUUGAUUUUAAUGCAUUCAUCAGGUCAUCCAGGACACCAGGAUUCUCCCAGAGUACUUUGAACUCUUAAUGGUUGAAACUUAAAAAAGCAAAAAAAGGCCUUUGAGACAACAUUUUAUUCAACAUGCUCCAAUUAUGAGACAGUUGAUUGCUGUAGAGAAAUAAUUACAAAUGGAAUAUACAAGUACCUCUUCAAGCUAGUGUUUCUAGCUAAAUAAAUGGGUGUAAAUAAUUUUACGGUGGAAAAGAACUCUGCUAUUAAUGCUUUUCUUCAGUGUGCAUAAUGAUAAAAUAAAUAAUUUUAAAUACCAUCUUGCUUCCAUGAUUACCUGAUCUAAAUCAGACAAACUGUACAGUUUUAAUUUCCUUAUUUUUGUUGUCAUAAGCUGUUGUUUGCAUACAUUUCCUCACAUUUGAAAAGGUAUUGUUUUUGUUUGGUACAACAUUAAGCAAUUUGAUGAUUUUGAUUUUUGUUGAAGAAAAUGACAUUAAAUGCAAUAAUUUUAUUAUAAAGAUUUUCUACAUCUUUUCUUUUAGAUGGCGUUGCAAUGUUGUUAUACAUAUUUGUAAUUUAUAUUGCAUGUAUAAAAAUAUUGCAGAUCACUUAAAAUGAUAGAUUUGUUUUACAUUAUUAUAACAUGUGGGUGUUUAAAACUAGUAUCUAGUGGUUUUUCCCUUUCAUUGUAGAUUUUAAGAUGUAUGGUUUCUAUACGUACCUUUGUUCUUCCCUUCCCCCACUCAAAGUCAUUAGUUUACAAAUGCAGAAAGCCAUCAGUUGUAUUUCAAAGCUUUUAGAUGAUUUCUGUAUCAAUUUUGUAUAUCUGACAUAAUGUAGGCUACCUGUGUUGUUGGCUAGAUAACAUUAUUGAUUCAUUAAAUUAUAAACCAAGAUAAGAAUAAUAAUAUUUUUAUUUAUGGUUAUUGACUGGUUCCAAAAUAAUAUCUUUAAGAAUUAAAUAUAUACUAUGUUCAUUAGGGAAAAAUUUAGACUUGAUAGUUGAAAAUUCCAUCGACUAUUUCUCUACAACUAAAAUAAAUUCAGCCUGAUUUCCUAUGGCUGUAGAAGUUUUAAUUUCUUAAAAUUAACAUUUUGUGGAUUGUUAAAAUGUCAUAUACAAUUUAUAGCCCAAACACUGUUAGUAUAUUUGAAUUAAAGUAUUUCACAGUUAAAUCAUAAGUUAUACAGUGAGAGCCCCCUAUGUCCUUUGUCUAAGCUUCCAGACACUAUAUGUGAUUGUAGAAUCAGUUAAAUUUAACUUUGGUAAAAAAACUUCUGGUUAUAAUCCAAAACCACAUUUUCGGUUAUCACGUUUAUUAGAGAUUUCUGCCAAUAAACUCCCAAUUAAAUAGAAUUAGACUCAAAUUUUUAAUAAUUUUAUUCUCUUUCCUCAGUUGUGUUUUUUAGUUAUUAUGGGAAUGCUACAUGAUUUCUGUAAAUUUGGAGUUCGUAAAAGAUAACUUACUUUAGUAAAAUUAAUUUUACUUCUCUCCAAUAGUUGGCAAGUAUUGAAGGUCUGCUUCACUCAUGAUUUUCAUGAGUGAGGUUUUUGGUUUUGUUGUUUAUUUAGAAAUAAAGAUUGUUGUAGAAGUUAUAGUUUUCAUGAUUAAAGAAGAAAUAGACUUCGCAUUGAAAAAAUAGACAACAGUUCUGGAAAUUUUUGACCUCUGUUGGUAUGGAAACUUAAGUUCCUGAACCGAGUCUGAGUAUAUUAUAGUCCCCAAAGAAGUCAUUGAGUUAUAGACACGUGAUAAAUUCUUCACGGUGGCAAACUGGCCCCUUUUGCUUUUUCAUUUGUGGCUUCUGUUUCUGUUUUCUUCAUUUCAGUAUAGAUGUGUCAGUUUUAAAAUCUUACUGGUAGAAGUAAAGAAGAAAUACAGGCAGGCAAAGAUAGAAUUAGUGAAGUGCUAUCCAUUAUCUGAAUUGUGCAUUUCAUCUACUGAGAUACCAAAUAAUCAAAGACAUGCGAAACUUAUUUUGUGUUUUUUUAAUUUAUAAAUUCGUGGUUCUAGACAUUUUUUCUUUUAUUAAGCUUUAUCUAGGGAUAUCCUUUAGUUGUAUUUUAGCUCUUCAUUUUGGUAGCAUAUUUAAGUUAACAUUUAGAAAUGACCAUUUAAAAUUCAACUUCUGAAAUUCCUCAGUUUUGACAUGUACUUGCUUCUGGCCAGGGCAGUGAUUAUUCUUGGGUGGAGAAGACUGGUGGUUGGGAAGAAGGUGGUAGCUAUAGAAACUGACAUCUGGAUUGAGCUUCAAAAACUACUCCGAGUUUACACUAUACUGUAAACCUAACCAUGGCCAAUGUUCUAAAAAAGCCUAAAUUUUGUCAGUAAUGACAUUUUAGAACUAAUGUACACGUUUGAUCCUACAUAGUUCAGAAUUGGAAUAAUCUAUUGCAAUGUCUUCGUAAUUUUUAGCCGUUUGUUCAAAGGAAAACUUUCAUAAAUGGGUAAGCAAAUACAACAGUUACAGGCUAAGAGGAUCUAGCUGAAGUCAAGUGUGGGGGAGUUCCAAGAUUGUUCCAGGGCAGGGGCUUCUACCCUCUCAAGUGAAUUGCAGGGCUAAAAAAAUGUUCAGUCCAUCAAGAGCAUAUUUUUGUAGCUAAUAACUUAAUAAAUUUCUUUUUCCCAUUUA